UUUUCCCCGCCCUCGGAAAGUGUAUUUCCCGUGUGUGUGUGGAAGAACCCGUGAAAUGCCCCUGAAACUCCCGAAGGCGGUUGUUGUCUUUAUUUCAUUCGAGGUCUUCACACCACGCUGUUUGUUCACGCACUGGACUUCAUCUCGGCUUUUAUUAAGUGUAACACACAAUGAGCGAUACUGGCAAGGACACAGUGGCUUCUAAAGAGAAAGAUGGAGCAGAGAAAAGAGGACGUGGAAGACCACGAAAACAUCCACAGCAGGAGCCCAGUGGAUCUCCAACACCAAAGAGACCUAGAGGAAGACCAAAGGGCAGCAAAAAUAAGCCAAGCACCACAGCAUCUAAGGGCAAAAAAGCAGCUGUAGCGUCGGCAUCUGAAGGGGGAAAACGCCGUGGAAGACCCAAGAAAGCAGAGAAGGAGGAGCAGCCAUCAAAGUCCUCUGAGGAGGAAGAAGAAGAAGAGGAGGAAGAGGAAGAGGAGGAACAGUAACUAGCAACUCAUGCUACCUCACAAUCCAACAUUUCUUCCUGUUGACCAGAGCUGGACUGACACCCCAUCCCCUUACACUGUUGCAACCCUUCCUUUCUUGUUCACCAUUAUGUUCUAGUACCCCCCUAGAGUCAGGGAGGCCUGUACACGUCAUGCGCCUUCUCUGUGUAACGUCACUGGAAAGACUCAAAUACUGUAUGUCUAUUCAUGAAUGCAUUCACGUCUAUGCGUGUAUCGCACUCAAUGAGUAAUUGGUUGAGAGUGUCUGUCAUUAUACUGGACAAAGAUAUGCUCUGAUGCGACUGACACAAAGCAAUCGCUAAAUACUGUUUCUUUUUCUCCAUAAACUACAGUUUCAGGCCAUGAUUUUCGCUUUUUUUACCAGUCUAAGAUGUGGUAGGUUGUGUAAAAUUCAUACAAUUGUGUACUGGACAAAGGUGAAUUGACCUACUUAUUUGUUUUUAAUUUGGCUUGUGUGUGUGGUAACUCAGUGUCUACAGUUUUCCUAUUAGCUUUUCUGUCACUCGAGUUAGAAAUAAAAUUAAGCAUGUUUGUGAGUGAUAAAUCUUAGCACAUCGUAAUCAACGUAUCAUUGAAUGUUUUUUUUUUUUUAUUAGAUGAAAAAUACUUCUUAAUCUUUCACUGAUUUUGUAAUUCUUGAUUUGAUAACUGAAGUUAUGUAGUCCGUAUUCCCCGUACUUGAUGUGGUGUAUUUCAGCUUAUUGGAGCUUGUGGUUGUCUGGCCAUGACUUUAUUGCAGUUUUUUAUGAUUGCUAUUGAAUUUUAAUUUCGGAAAGGACUGAAGUCUUUCUGAUCAACAGCAACGACGCAAACUACUAUUCGUUUUAAACCCAGAUAGAUGCGACCGUUAACCAACAAAUAUGCUUUACUAGACUGUGCUAGGUCAUUCCAUUUGCUCUGUUUCCCAGCCAUACUACUUGUGUCUUCUUAUGGUCUGCUGAGAUCGUUCAGUUCAGAUUUAGCAUGACCUUAUCUUUACUGUGUGUUGAUGUUUUUGACGUGUUAAAUUCCAUGUCAGGGAACGCUGAUCUGUCUAGUGACUGGGUCUGAGAAUUUAAUGCUGCUACAAAAGUUGUUAGUUAAACCCCGAAUACUGCAACCGGGUCAGUUCUACUCUGGACUUGACUGUCACAUUCAUACCUCACUUUUCAACAGCCUAUGAUGGAUUAACUUUUCUCUUAAAUGAAGUCUCAUUGCAUCCUUUGCCAGGUGUGUUUCUUUUCUCAAGUGCAGUAUCUGAUCCAUUCAUAACAGUUUCUUUACCAUAGUUUUCAGUUUCUUUUUUAAAACUGAAUUUGCUUACAGCUGUGUGCACAUUAAUGAACAGAAACUUUUUCGUACAUAAUCAUCUGAGCAUGCAACAGGAAAUACUGCAUUGAUUCAGAAAGAUGCUUAACAUGUUCACAGAGAGAUAUAGGUUGUUUUAAUUUUUUUGUAUACAUAUGUUUGGUGCACUGAAUUGGUUUCUUGAGUUGCAAUAUCAUGGAAAUGAAAUGUUGCACCUAAAGGUUAGGGCUGUUUUUUUGUAACAUCCUACAAGUUUCUUAGGUCUGAGCCCCCACUGAGAAAACUAUGAUGGUACUAUGGCUGUUUGAUGCAGUGAUUUUUAACAUGCACCCUUAAUACUGAUGUCUUGUUUUUAAUGUGCCCGUGCACAGAACUGGUUUGGGAGCAAAUUGGAUCUUUUCAAUGUAUACACUCUGCAUUUUCUAUUGUGGACUGCAGGAAUUUAUAUUCAAAAUGGUAAUAAAGUUAAGGAUUUGUACAUA